AUGCUUGACCUCUACGUCCAAACCUUUCCCACACCAAGGUUCCGUAUCGUCGCUCUAAGCACAAUGGUUGUUGUGACACUGUUCUUUAUAGGUGCCAUAACAACAACGCUCCGCAUCUGCCAGCCAAUUGCCUACAAUUGGGAUUCCAGGAUUAAUGGUCACUGCGGAGAUGUCGCAACCGCGGAGUUAAUCGCCGCGGCGUUCAAUCUGGCGCUGGAUAUCUUUAUUGUGGCAUUGCCCGUCUCCACAAUUUGGGGGUUGAGAAUGAGUGUUCAGAAGAAGUGGGCUGUUACGACGACGUUCGGAUUGGGCCUAUGUAUCUCAGCAAUAAAUCUCGCCCGUAUUGUCAAGGUUCUCACCUGCGAGCUCGCUAGAGAUUUUACCUACUGCACUGCUGACAGUCUAAUCCUCACCGUUGCCGAAAUGGCUGUUGGAAUCAUCGUUGUCUGCGUGCCAACCUUCGGUCCCAUAUUCUUUCCUUCACGCCGGAAGCGGUUCGCUGGGAAUAGAGUGCCGCUGACAGAAAUGAAACACACACACCGUGGAGUAAGAGGUGAGUAUUUGGAUGGUAUAGUGGAGGGCCCGGCGGUUAGGGCAGGAGCUGGUAUCUCUGUACAGAGAGAGUUUGGGGUGAGAUUGGUCGGCACUGCUACAUAG